GGCCUGUUGUCAGACAGCAGCCUUAUCUGUCUGCUGCAGGGGCUGAUGGGAGAUGUGAGGAGCUGUUAGAAACCACGUGGCCCUCGUCUGAUCUCACAGUUCGUCCUUGUUUGGCCUCAGCUGCAUCAGAGCGCCACUUCUCCCCAGGUUCACCAGAGGAAACACCACUGAACUAAAUGCUUUUCCUCCCAGCUGCUGCUCUGUGCUGUCUGUGUUCAGCGCUGGCUGCCAUGGCAACACAGCUGAUUCAGGAUGAUUUAACAUUGACCAGGAGAGUUGGUGGAUACGUCUCCUUCAACUGUCGAGGCACUGAGCAGUGUGACCUACCUUAUGUAUUCUGGUACCAGAAGAAAGACACAGAAACAUUCACAAGGAUUCUGUAUAUUAGGAGGGAUAAUGGUGUCAUAGAGAAGGAGAGAUACAAUCAUCCUCAGAAAGAUGAUUUCUCAGCUGUGAAUGAAGAGGACGGCUGUGAGUUGCAGAUCCAGAAGGUUAAACUCGAUCAUUCAGCCACCUACUACUGCUCCUGUUAUAAAGAUGAUCCCCACAGUGAGAAAUGCUCCCUGCAGCCUGAACAAAAACCUCCAGAUGAACAGAUGUCAAACAGUGUUUGUGACAGGAAGAGAUCAGUAAACCACAGCCCAGGUUCACAUAUUUCACCUCCAUCUCAGCCAGAGUCACUAACAGUGUUGGGCAGUAACACAUUACUAAGUAAUCUAUUACUGUUAUAUGUGGGAGAAAAGGACCACUUCACUGCAGAGUCUGGGAUUCAGCUCCACCAGGGUACAGGAGAUCCAGUCAGCAGCAACACCGAGGGAGAAGAAGAUCAGCAAGCCAGGCCGCUGCAGCACACGGCCGGUCCAUCCGUCCAGAGCAUUGUCCCCCUCAGGUUUUUGUAUCACUCAGUUUCACUGUGGGAGACCAGUUGGUGGUACUACAUCUUUGGCUCUGGAACUAAACUGAUUGUAUCAGAUGAGCCGGUAGUGAAGCCCGUGGUGAGCGUGUACCCAGCAGCAUCCAGAGCCCACCUGGAGGGGAAGAGCUCCCUGCUGUGUCUGGCCUCAGCUAUGUUUCCUCCUCUGGUCCAGUUCUCCUGGAAAAGACGUAAUGAGACUGGUCCUCUGGAGGAGCUGUCCUCUGAUGAUAUAGAGCAGCUGGAGAUCAGAGAGUCAGGACACACCGCCUCCAUCUUGCUGAUCCAUCAGAAAGAGAACAGCACAUAUAAAUACCGCUGUGACGUCCUACAUGAGGGGGGGACAGUGGAGGCCCAAACAGAACAAGAGGUUCCAGCUCCAGCAGCCUCCUGUCCUCCAGAGAGAGAUCCACCAGACCAGCUAGCUCUGGAGGAAGCUGACUUGUCCUUCCAGUCCCAGUGCAGGGUGAAGUUGUUCUGUCUGCUGUACACCCAGCUGAUAGUGAAGAGUCUGGUGUACUGCUGUGGACUCUCUCUGCUGAUGAUCCUCAGAAACAAGGGACCGUCCACCAGCUGCUCACAUGCUGACUGA